AUGCUCAAUUAUGCUCUUCGCGUUAUGGAAGGUGAUACUAUUAUUAAUAUGGGUUUUUUUAUUCAUGAUCUUCAUCUACAAAUACAACAGCUACACCAACAGCAGGUUAAUAGCUAUCGUGGCAAAGCAUUCACAGUCUAUCGUGGACAAGGUCUCUCCAAAGCACGUUUUGAAAAACUUCGAAAAACAAAAGGUGGUUUAAUAUCCUUCAAUAAUUUUUUAUCCAGCAGUACCAAGCAAGACAUAGCUCUCGGACUUGCUUAUAGUGCGUCUGAGAAUGUGGACAUGGUUGGCAUUUUAUUUAUAAUGUCCAUUGAUCCUUGUAUUAAAUCAACACCAUUUGCCUCCACCAAGGAGAAGAGUUAUUUUAACGAAGAAGAUGAAAUUCUCUUCUCCAUGCACACCGUGUUUCGAGUCGGUGCAAUUAAAGUAAUGUACAGUAACAAUCAACUUUAUCAAGUUAAAUUACAACUAACGUCUGAUGAUGAUCAACAACUACGAUUGCUUACUGAUCGAAUACGAGUAGAAGUUUGUGGUAGUACUGGAUGGAACAGAUUGGCUAAUUUAUUGCUUAAAAUUGGUCAAUUUAAUAAAGCUGAAGAACUUUAUAACGUAUUACUCAAGCAGACAUCUGAUAAAGAUGAAAAAGCCCUUUAUUAUAAUCAGUUGGGAUGUGUCAAAGACGAUCAGGGAGAUUAUGAAAAGGCAAUUUGGUAUUACGAACAAGGACUUGAAAUUGACCAAGAAACUCUUCCUCCAAAUCAUUCUGAUUUGGCUACUUCAUACAGCAACAUCGGUUUGACGUAUAAUAAAAUGGGAGAGUGCUCCAAAGCACUUUUAUUUUACGAGAAAGGACUUAAAAUCUUUCUAAAGUCUCUUCCUUCAGAUCAUCCAGAUUUGGCUACUUCAUACAACAACAUUGGGAUUGUGUAUGACGAGAUGGGAGAGUACUCGAAAGCACUUUUAUUUUAUGAAAAAGCACUUGAAAUCUAUAGAAAAACUCUUCCUUCAAAUCAUCCUUCAUUGGCUACUUCGUACGACAAUAUCGGUGGUGUGUAUGACGUGAUGGAAGAGUACUCGAAAGCACUUUCAUUUUACGAAGAAGCACUUGAAAUUAAUUAA